UCUCUUCCCCCAAUCCCGAUCUCCCCCACCCAAACCUCCGGCGACCGGCGAUGGGCAACCCGGAGAAGCUGAUGGCGCAGAUCUUCGACCUCAAGUUCACCUCCAAGUCGCUGCAGCGGCAGGCGCGCAAGUGCGAGAAGGAGGAGAAGGAGCAGAAGCUCAAGGUCAAGAAGGCCAUCGAGAAGGGCAACGUCGACGGCGCGCGCAUCUACGCCGAGAACGCCAUCCGCAAGCGCACCGAGCACAUGAACUACCUGCGCCUCGCAUCCCGCCUCGACGCCGUCGUCGCGCGCCUCGACACGCAGGCCAAGAUGCAGGCCAUCGGAAAGUCCAUGGGCAACAUCGUCAAGUCCCUCGACUCCUCCCUCGCCACCGGCAACCUCCAGAAGAUGUCCGAGACCAUGGACAGCUUCGAGCGCCAGUUCGUCAACAUGGAGGUCCAGGCCGAGUUCAUGGAGGGCGCCAUGGCCGGGUCAACCUCGCUCUCCACGCCAGAGACCGAGGUCAACAGCCUCAUGCAGCAGGUCGCCGACGACUACGGCCUCGAGGUCUCCGUCGGCCUGCCGCAGGCCGCCGCGCACGCCAUACCCGCCGCAAAGGAUAAGGAGAAGGUCGACGAGGACGACCUCACCCGCCGCCUCGCCGAGCUCAAGGCACGCGGCUAAUAAGAGAGUCUCACUGCUACUUCAUUCAGAUAUGACUUGUGUGGUGCCCCUCGAUUCGCCACCCUUAGUCGUAAGGGGAUUGCUCAUGUCUGAUAGUUCCGUAAAUACUGUUAUGCCGAGGCGCGCUUGUUUUGGAUCUCUAUGCGGAACCGAUUUAAACACUGCAGUGUGUAAUAUUAUAUGGGUCUUGACAAUAAGUGUGCUUGUGAACAUCUUCGUGCUGUUGUCUCGUCGAAUGCCCGCGGGUGAUGUAUAUGAACAGGAGCGCUGGAGUUGGCCAUGCUGCCUUCUA